AUGCGGGUAUUAUACUUUGUAGUUGCGGCAUUUAUUGUUUCUGUUAUCGCUGAAGACUACUACGAAUUGUUGGGAGUUGAUCGCGACGCCGACGACCGCACAAUUCGAAAGGCAUUCAAGAAGUUGGCAAUCAAGAAACACCCUGACAGAAACAAGGAUGAUCCAAAUGCUCACGCGGAGUUUGUGAAAAUCAACAAAGCUUAUGAAGUACUCAAGGACGAGAAUCUCCGGAAAAAAUAUGAUCAAUAUGGCGAAAAGGGUCUCGAAGAUGGAUUCAAUGGCGGCGACAACUAUCAAAGCUGGCAGUUCUACAACGACAAUUUCGGAAUAUACGACGAUGAUCAGGAAAUUGUCACAUUGAAUCGUGCCGAUUUUCAACGAUAUGUCACUGAUUCGAAUGAUAUUUGGUUCAUUAACUUCUAUUCAACGUAUUGUUCACAUUGCCAUCAAUUAGCCCCGACAUGGAGGAAGUUCGCCCGAGAAAUCGAGGGAACGAUUCGAGUCGGAGCUGUAAAUUGUGCUGAGGAUCCGAUGCUGUGCCAAUCACAACGUGUUGGAGCUUACCCAUCUCUUGUAUUCUACCCAACUGGAGAAUUCUACAACGGAGUUCGUGAUGUCGAACUUCUCACGGAGUUCGUUAUUCAGCGUCUUCGAUCAGAAGUUCUUCAUUUGAAUUCUGAGAACAUCAAGGCUCUCAGCGAGGAUUGGGAACCUUACAAUCGUCUUCCAUGGGUUGUCGAUUUGUGCGGAGAAUCCCGCGAAUGUCUCUCAUCGACCACGAGAAGAAAGAUCUCGGCAAUGCUCGACGGUCUCGCGAAUGUUGCGACAAUCGAUUGCAACGAAGAAGAGAAUAUCUGUUCCAAAUUUGAGCAUUCUGUGGGAGUCUUAUACUUCCCAGCGGGUUCGAUUAAUCCUGAAAAACAAAUGAAUAUUGAAUCGAUGGAUGCUCAAGAGAUUUCGAAGAAAGUGAUCGAACUUCUGGAGGAGCUUCCUGAAAUCGACGACGAUGGUCUCAAAACUCUCCUAGAUUCAUCAGAAUUGGACGAAGCGAUUGCUGUUUGGUUCCUUAGCUCAUUGAGCCAAGCAAACGAACGAAAAGAUUUCCGACGGCUUCCAGCACUUGUCACUCAACAGAUUUUCCAAAUUGAUUGCUCGAAGUCGAAUUUAUGCGAUGAUAUUGUCGAUAAGGCGAAGUUGCCACAAUUUGCAGUCUUCAAAACAACCGGAGGAUACGAAAUUGAUUACGCUGGAUCAAAGGACUUCUACGCUGCUGCCACUUUCAUCCGCGAGUCAGCAGCGUCAACUCUGUACGCACUCAAUAGGGAAACUUACAAAUAUGCCGUAUCUGGUGGUGAAAUGUUCAUUGUCGACUAUUUUGCACCGUGGUGUCCACCUUGUCUCAAACUUCUCGGCGAAUACCGCCGAUUCCAUUCUCAAAUGCCAGAGGAUAGUCCACUUUCGACCGUCGCCAUCGCAUCUAUCGAUUGCGUCAAAUAUCGCGAUUUGUGCACUGCUGCAAAUGUUCAAAGCUACCCGACAAGCAUACUCUACACACCUGAUGGUAAAACUCAUCGAAUGGUUGGCUAUCAUUCAGUAGAUUCCAUACGUGAUUUCAUCGACAUCGCAAUGCAUCCAUCAGUCGUUGAAAUGUCACCGGAUGAGUUUGAAGAGCUCGUCAUGAAUCGUCAGGAAACCGAAACUUGGGUUGUCGACUAUUUUGCGCCAUGGUGCGGACCGUGUCAGCAAUUGGCUCCUGAGUUGCAAAAGGCUGCGAGAGCGAUUCUGGAAUACGACGAAAAAGCAAAAACUGCGUCGAUCGAUUGCCAAAAAUACGCACAAUUCUGCAAAGAGAAGGGUAUUGGAUCGUAUCCAACAGUUAGAAUAUUCCCAGCAAAAAAGACGAAGCAACCAAGACGAUCCGAUUACUAUGAUUAUCCAAGUCACAUGUGGCGAAAUUCUGAAUCGAUCCAACGUUGGGUGUAUAACUUCUUACCUACAGAAGUCGCGAGCCUUGGAAACGAUUUCUGGACUACGGUUCUUGACUCGAGCGAGCCGUGGAUCGUUGAUUUCUUUGCUCCAUGGUGUGGUCAUUGUAUUCAGUUUGCACCAAUUUACGAUCAAAUCGCGAAGGAAUUAAGCGGAAAAGUGAACUUUGCAAAAAUUGAUUGCGACCAAUGGCCAGGUGUCUGUCAAGGAGCACAAAUUCGCGCUUAUCCAACUGUGCGACUUUACACUGGCAAAACCGGUUGGACUCGACAAGAAAUUUGGGGAAUUCAAAUUCAAACACAAGACAAGAAGACGUUCAUUGAUAUUGUGAAGCAGCAACUCAAUAUUAAGGAGCAUGACGAAUUGUAG